AAGUUGUGGUAUGUGUUAGUUAGUGGGUUGGAGUCAGUCGACAGCUGCCUCGGCUUCUACAACACAACUGAACGCCAAAAUUACACAACUGAUCACCAAAAUUAGGACAACAUGGACUUUUCUAUCAGGGCUGCUAACGUGGAGGACUGCAAGGAUGUGGCGCGGAUGAACCUGGAUCUGGCCGCGUACGAGAAUGUCCCAGAGCAGUGUGUACCACACAAAUUCUGCGACUUAGAUUUGGAACAAGAUGGUUUCUCCAAGAACCCGUUCUUCCAGUGUCUCAUCGCUGAGGUCCCUCAGCAGCACAAAAGUAAAGAUGGUUACACAUCGAUCGGCUUUGCACUUUACUUCUACUCGUACAGCGCAUGGAAAGGGAGAUCUAUCUACAUGGAGGACCUGUACGUCAUGCCGGAAUUCCGAGGGCAAGGUGUGGGUAAAGCGUUAUUGAGCAAAGUAGCACAGCGGGGUUUAGCCUCAGGCUGCAACAUGCUCAACUUCACCGUGCUGCACGCCAACCAGUCGUCUGUGGACUUAUACCUGCGGCGAGGCGGCUUAGACUUGACGUCUGAUGUGGGCUAUCACUAUAUGGCGUUCGAAGAGGACGCCCUGCAGCAGCUGGCACGGACCUGACACUCGAUCCUUGACCUUUGCAGGUGGAGAUAAUCAAACUGCCGUGAUGUUAUUGCUCACAUUAAAGUUAAUCUUUAUCAU